GGUGAGCACAGAGCACGUGCAGUUCCCUUUGCGCGCCCACGCGCCCGCGCACCCGCUGGCGGCUGAGGAGUGACGCACCGGCGAGUGCGGGAGGGUCCGUGCAGCGAGCCCAGGCAGGGUGAGGACAGCGCACAAGGUGGGAGGCCGCGUGCGCAUGCGGACACGCGCGGAGCCGGUGCGACACAGCGGGCCGGACAGUGCGCCUGUGCAGCCCGCUCAUCCCGAUGGAGCGCAGCGGUGGGAACGGCGCCGGAGCCAGAGCCGGAGCCCCCUCUGAGGGGGCUGCGAAGGGCUCUUCGCUGCUGUCUGCGAAGUCCACGGAAGGGGCCACGGGGCGAUUCUCGCAGUCCACCCCCCGGCCUACAGGAAUGGAUGGAUUUUUAAAAUCAGAUGAGAGACAAAGAUUAGCCAAAGAGAGACGAGAAGAAAGAGAAAAGUGUCUGGCUGCUCGGGAACAACAGAUCUUAGAGAAACAGAAAAGAGCUAAGCUUCAGUAUGAGAAACAAAUUGAGGAGCGAUGGAGAAAACUUGAGGAGCAGCGCCAGCGUGAGGAUCAGAAGAGGGCAGCAGUGGAAGAAAAGAGGAAGCAGAAGCUCCGGGAAGAAGAGGAGCGUCUGGAAGCAAUGAUGCGCCGCUCCCUGGAGCGUACACAGCAGCUAGAGCUGAAGAAGAAGUGCUCAUGGGCAGGAUCAGCAGCUUCAGGGCCUGGAGGACGUGAUGGUGAAUCAGAAAAUACCCCACCCCUUCCUCUAACUUUAGCAGCCAGCAUACCCCCUUCGGACACAGGGACCGCUACAGCUGCUGCCGAGUCCACCAACGCAUGUGACAAACUUUCAACAUCAACCAUGAAUUUGCCAAAGCAGACGGAACCUCCUAUGAGUAAACACCUGUCUUCAUCCAUCGUGGCAAUAUCUUAUUCCCCAGACCGAGCUCUCAGGAGCCCUCUCAAAUCGUCAUACAAGUCCUCUCCAACCCGGACCACUGAGAAAAAGAAGAAUACACUUUUAUCUGGUGUGGGAGAUGCUGGGAAGGGAGCCAUGACUGGAGGAGAGCCUUCACAGAUGGAGAAAGUGAAGAAGGGACGAGGGGCAACUUCUGUUUCUUCUGGGGGUCUUGGGUCCCCACUGAGAAGAUGCGAGCCUCCUGAAAACAUUUCCAAGAGGUCAUCUUCUCCUGUGAAAUCCAAGGUAACUGCAAAAACAUAUCCACAGUCUCCAAAGACAGUGAAGCCCACAUACAUAGGGUCUCCUGUGAAGUAUUACUUUCCACCCACUCCAAGUGAAGAAACACUCAAGAAGAAGGCAGAAAAAGAGAAGAGUAAUAAGGAAAAGGAAGGUGCCACUGGUCGGCAGACCACUGUUCUACCCAGAGAAGAAACCCUGGAGAAGCCCAUGGCUGACAAGGAUGCCACUGAGAAGUAUGUAGCUGAUAAGCAUGCAACUGAGAAACAUUCUGCCACCGGAGGGAAGGCUGAGCACAGUGCAGGAAAAUCCACAGCAGGCACCACAGAUGCAGGGGAGGCUGCAAAGAUCCUAGCUGAAAAGAGACGUCAGGCUCGGCUACAGAAGGAACAGGAGGAGCAAGAACGGCUGGAGAAGGAAGAACAAGAGAGGCUGGAAAAAGAGGAAUUGAAAAGAAAGGCAGAAGAGGAAAGGCUGCGCAUAGAAAAACAAGAAGAAGAAAAGAAGCAGCAGGAGGAAGAAGAGAAAAGAAAGGCAGAAGAGAAGGCAAAAGAGAAGGCUGAGGAGGAGCUGUUGUCAAAAGAGGAGCAAGAAAAGGAAAAACAAGAAAAAGAAAAGAAGGAAAAAGCCAUGAUUGAAAAGCAGAUACAAGCUGAGAAAGAAGCAGCAGAAGCAAAGGCGCAGGAUGCCGCUAAACAGAUGCGUUUAGAAAGAGAACAGAUCAUGCUGCAGAUUGAGCAGGAACGACUGGAGAGGAAGAAGAGAAUAGAUGAAAUCAUGAAGAGAACAAGGAAGAGUGAUGCGUCUCUAGAAGUGAAGAAGGAAGACCCCAAAGUGGAGAUUCAGCCUCUUCCAGAUGUCGAAAAUAAGAUAAAACCAGUUGUCCCCAACAAAAUAGAAAUCAAUGUGUUGAACACCUGCCAGAAAGUAAAUGUCUCAGAGCGUGCUGCUCCAGAAACCUUCCCCCAAGACAUUUUCUCUAAUGGUCUUAAACCAGUUGGGGGACCUGUUCAUCCGGAUGUCCUUGAUGGGAAGUCAAACAGUCUGGAUGAUUCAACUGAAGAAGUUCAAUCUAUGGAUGUGAGUCCUGUUUCCAAAGAAGAGCUUAUCUCCAUCCCAGAAUUUUCACCAGUGAGUGAAAUGAUUCCUGGGAUGUCUCUGGAUCAAAAUGGAACUGGUAAUGCCCGGGCACUUCAAGAUAUUUUAGAUUUCACUGGCCCUCCAGCAUUCCCCAAGAAAUCCAGUGAAAACCUCAGCCUUGAUGACUGUAACAAAAACCUCAUCGAAGGAUUUAACAGUCCUGGGCAAGAAACUACGCUGAACACCUUCUGUUGACAAAGAAAACAUUUCUUUAAUGAAAGGUGGUAUUUGGAUCGCCCAUGAAGCUGUCAGUGUUGAAUCUGAGCUGCUGGCCACCUAAAGAAGCUUCUUUUGCCCUUAACUGCUGGAUUCCAAAUUGCUAGAUUCAAAAUGUAACUGUAUUAUUCCUAGGUAGUUUGGCAAACACUGGUCUCUUGGUAGAAACCUUGAGAUUUUUGCUUUGUGGGGCUUUAGCAAAGUUUCAUUUUAUGGUUCUACUUAUGAGCUUCAGCUGCUGCUAAAGCACUUUCUUGACCUUCUCUACUAUUGUAACCUGUGUAAUGCUGUCUGGGAACCCGACUUUAGGACACUCAAGUUUCCAGAGUUGGAGCACAGGGACAUUUAGAUGUCUCUCCCUAUAAAAAUCUUCUAUUUACCCAUACUCUAGUUAAACGUGCACUACUCAACCUGGGCUGCUUAUCUCCCUGUCUUUGUGUCUUUGUGUGUGCGUGUGCAUGCACGUGCACAUUCGCGUGCCAGAGAGAGAGAGAGAGAGAGAGAGAGAGAGAGAGUGAGUGUGAGUGUGAGUGAGAGCGCAAGUGCGAGCGAGAGAGUGUGUGAGUAUGGGGUGGGGGAAAUCUAGCUACUUUCUCUCCAUCUCAGGUUUCUGUUAUUUUAUUAUUAAGCUUCAUCAUCUGCAGAACAUUACCCUCCUUUACUGUUUAGGGAUUGAAGAAAUGUUUAGUUGAAUAAAUAAUUAAAUAGUGGCAAUUAUUUCUUUUCCCUUAUGGGAACUCAAAUCUAGCAAUGAUGCUUUCAUGUCAUACCCUUAAAACCCCCGAAUUGUCACUCCAAACCAUUGAAUGGCUUUUCAGCUGAAUGAAUCAAGUAACAUACAGGUGGUUAUUUUCAUGGUUUUGCUGUUGUUUUUCUAUUAGACUUGGUAUUUUCUUUUUGCUCCUGUGUUUAACUAACUGUAAUAAAAAGGAGUCAGUGCUUUGAAAGGGGGCCCAAGUUGGUUCCAGUAUGUCACUUUAAUAGGCUUUAAACAUUAAAAAGUCUGAACAAGGAAAAAUGACACUAGAAUGUAUAACUCCGUGUAUGCCAUAUGCUAUAUUUAAAUUUUCAUUUCUUGUGGUGAAAUGUAGCUUUACUAUUAAAAAUGACUUUUUCUUUGGAACUUUUUGUUUUGACUUGUACCUUAAAGCUUUUGAAAAGAUCCUUAAUUCUGAGAUUUACAAACAGAAGAUACAAAGAAGUCUUAAAGCUGGUACAGUUGAAGAAUGUAUUAGUCUAACAAACUAUGUAUGUUUAUGUGAUAUAAUCUAAAUAAAAUACAUACCUCUAAGAAUGCUGUGCCAUUGACCUUGAUGAAUACUUAAGGAGAUAAAUCUUUUAUGACAAACACACAAAAGAUAGCAUAGUCUGACAUCUAAAACAUACCUGGCUAUUUUUCUUAACACUUUAUUUUCCUGGGUGUCUAUUUCAUUGAGCUCCAUUGUACCUCUCAACACAAUUGUGAUCACGUGAUGCCUCAUUUGCAUAAUGUGUACAUUUUGUCUAAUGUUAAUACAUUUUCACUGAAGA